AUGCUCUUCUCGCAGAUUUGUUGCCAAAACAAGAACCUAAAAUAGAAGCACCAGAAAAACCAGUUGAAAAAGAACCAACGCUACCUCCUGAUUCAAUUAAAAUUGACAAUCUUCCUCCAAACUUUAUAACUUCUAGCGGUCCGGCGACACCUACUAUAACGACGCGAUUCGUUCCAGAUUUCACUACUUUUGAAGCAGUUAUAUUAGAUAUUCCUCCAAAGGAAAUUGUGCAUUAUAACAAAGAAGUUCAAACUGCUGCUACAUCUUUCGAGGAGCCACCACCAUCUGAAGAAGAAAUUCGUGAAAAGGUACGACUAGAAUUUGAAGAACAACUAAAAGCAAAAGAAGCAGCUGCCGCAGAGUUACGUGCUAGGCAAGAAGCAGAAAAGAACAAAGAGUUAAAACUUUUAGAUGCAGAAAGAAAGAAUAUCAUCGCGUCUCCAGAAUUUAAAGAGUUCGUUGAACAUUCUGCCAAAAUGGUAGAAAGGUCGGAUGUUUUGACAACAAUGUUUUCUGAAUUUCACCCGAGUUAUAUCAUUGGUGGAACUUAUUCUGGCCAAAUCUUAGUUUGGGAUAUGAGAGCAAAAUGCUUACCUGUUCUCAAGACACCACUCUCAACUGCCGGUCAUACCCACCCAGUUUAUUCGAUGCAGAUGGUUGGUACACAAAACGCACACAAUCUUAUCACCGCAAGUACAGAUGGCAUGGAAACCUUAGAAUUAGUUCAUUCAGGACACAACAAAACUGAUGAAGUUUCAGUUACAUCUUUUGGUUUUCCAGAAAAUGAAACCUCAACUUUCUGGGUUGGAACAGAAGAAGGCAAUCUAUAUCAAGCGAAUCGAUUCGGACAUGCCGGCGGAAAAGCUGGCAUUAACCAAUAUGACACUUAUAAAGGGCAUUGGGGCCCAGUAACCGGACUUCAUUUCCAUCCUUUAGUCGGUCCUGUAGAUUUCUCGGAUCUAUUUUUAACUUCCUCAGUGGAUUGGACAGUAAAACUAUGGAAAGCUAAAUCAAUUGCGAAACCGUCUGCUACAACACAAACUAUCUCUCCAUUAUACAGUUUUGAAGGAACAGAUGAUUAUAUUUAUGAUGUUAAAUGGUCACCUACUAAUCCCGCUCUUUUUGGUUCUGUUGAUGGUAAAGGAAACUUUGCUGUUUGGAACAUAAACGAUGAUACUGAGAUACCAGCUGUAAAUACUCAAGUCGGUAAUCGUGCAUUGAACAAACUCCAAUGGGACAAAGAAGGAAGAAGGGCGGCUAUUGGAUCAUCAGAUGGACGUGUUCACGUUUAUGAUAUUGGAGAG